UCCAACAAAUCCGAGGUGGCAGUGAACGCAGCACAGGAAAAGCAUCACUCCACAGUUAGUUUAGCAUAUGGCUAAUCUCUGUGGUCAGACGAUACCUUGAUUACAUCUAAAUCGUUCGUUUCGACUUUUCUUUGUUAUUAUUCUGUGCGGAUCUACAUUUCAUUUCAAUUGCAGGCCUCGUAAAUCACGAAGCUGGAAAUGACGUCUAAAAUUAAAGUGGGAAAGGUCGGCUCCAAGAGCAAAGAAGAUGCUCCUUAUGAGCUGGAGAGCCAGUUUGUCUUGAGGCUUCCUUCGGAGUACGCCUCAACAGUCAGAAGGAUAGCGCAGUCCAGCAGCAUGAACAUGAAGGACAGACUUACAAUCGAGCUGCACCCGGAUGGUCGUCAUGGGAUAGUGAGAGUCGAUCGUGUUCCUCUGGCCUGCAAACUGGUGGAGCUGCCUUGCAUGAUUGAGUCCCUGAAAACAGUCGACAAGAAAACAUUUUACAAGACAGCUGAUGUCUGUCAGAUGCUGGUGUGUACACUAGAUGGAGACCUCUACCCUCCUUUGGAGGAGCCAACCGGCACUGACCCAAAGACUAAAAAGAAAGACAAAGAUAAGGACAAGAAAUUCAUCUGGAAUCAUGGCAUCACCUGCCCUCUGAAAAACACACGCAAGCGAAGAUUUCGGAAGACGGCGAAAAAGAAGUACAUUGAAUCUCCUGAUGUGGAAAAGGAAGUGAAGAGGCUGCUGAGCACAGACGCAGAUGCUGUCAGUGUUCGGUGGGAGGUCAUAGCAGAGGAUGAGUCCAAAGAAGCCGACCAGCACGGCUCUCUGGCCAAUCUGGACUCUUCUCCCGGCACCUCGGGGCACAAGAUGGGUCAUGGAGCAUCAGUCCCACAUGACGAACUGAGGGAGAUCUUCAACGACAUCAGCAGCUCGAGUGAGGAUGAGGAGGAUGAAGGGGACCGGCACGACGACGAAGACCUGAACAUCAUGGACACUGAGGACGAUCUGGUGCGGCAGCUGCAAGACAAGCUGAACGAGUCGGACUCGGCCCAGAAUGAAAGCGACAGAAACAACCAGAUAGUAAUGGACUAUCAGGUGCAGAUUAACAACGUUAAGGUCAAGCUUCAGGAAACGCGUGCCAGAAAGAAACAGCAGGAGGAGCUCAUCAUGAAAGUGGAAAACCAGGCCCUGAAGAAUCGCUUCCAAGCCUUGCUGGAUGACAUCGUUCAGCAGGAGGAGCAGGAGAUGGAGCAGCUGGCCUCGCUUCAGGAGCAGCUGGACUCCCUGAUAGAGAAGUGACCAGCAGGGGGCAGUCUCUCAUCGUCUUCAGCCGCUCCUCAUCAGGAGAAUGAAAAGGGAGGAGGACGUGUCCUCAUUCAGGAAGGAGGCGUCUUUUAUCAACGAAACUUGCCUUGUCAUUCCAAUUUGGUCGUUUUUAUGAUUCACAUCUGCAGCGUUUUUGAUUUGUGAAUAGUUUAGAAGGUUUUUUUUUCCAAGUUGCUGCAUUAUGCAUGUGCAUUUGGGGCUUUAGGAGGAUAUAUUGUGUCAUCCUAAAAUAAAAUAUGAGUCUUGUACAG